AUGGAUACUGGAGAUUUAAAUUUACCUGCUUGUAAAUAUCAACUUGAGCAAGUCGAAUUAGCACUCAAAGCAAAACCAGAUGAUCCUGAAUUACUCAAACUGAAACAAGAUCUUGAAGAAGUCAUACAAAUAACAGCUGAAUUACUCGGUUGUGAUCCAUCCAUCUUAAAUUCUGAUGAAACAGCAACAACAUUAACGAAUUAUAAUGAAAUAGCAUCUUCCAGUUAUUCAUCAUCAUCACAAUUAAAUAAUACAACAGCAUCAUCAUCAUCAGCUCGUUCAGCUAUUAAAUGGAAAACAGGUGAUCGAUGUUUAGCACCUUGGAAUGAAGAUGGAAAAUAUUAUGAAUGUACGAUUGAUGAUGUACUUGAUGAUGGAACAUGUACAAUUGUUUUUGAUGGCUUUGAAUCAGCACCAUUAACGAUAGUUCGAGCAUCAAAAUUAAAACCAUUCGAUCGAACCCGUUCUGAUUUUAGUGGUAUAAGAUCAGCUGCUAAUCGAGCCAAAACAAAACGAGAAUUAGAACAACGAUUACGUGAACUUAAACGUCGAAAAAAAGAGAAGAAAGUGGCAAAACUAAAGGAAUUCGAAGAAGAACGUGAAAAAGAUAAAAAACGAUGGACAGAUUUUAAUUCUAAAUUAACUGGUCGAACAUGGAAAGGUGUCGUCUCAAAGUCAAUGGUUAAAACUGAUAAACGAACUGAACAAUUACAUGGUACAACAAAUGGUUAUUUAAUAUCAAAUUAUAAACCAGCUCAACCACGACCAUAG